AUGACCCCCCAAAACCUACAGAAUACAGCUGGCACUAGUGUCAGUCAGCAGGAACUUGCUAUUCAGUCGCAGAAGCUUAUCUAUGAGCAGAUUGCACGGGAACAGCUUCAGAAACAACGAAAGGAUGGGUCAGUUGCCUCUCUAACCCAUGCCACCGUAGCUACUGUUGGUGAUGAUAUGUCAGACUCUCAGACCAGUUUUCGGAGAGACCCUGAGGUCUUGAAGAAAGCCUGGCGUUCACAACAGGAACUCUCUAAUGAUUGCCAGCAAGCUCAUUUGCAAACUCCCACGGGUGGUUCUAAUAGAACCCUGGUAGGAUCAGAUCAUCAACUCAGUCCUUCUAAGCGAGCGGCACUCCAGCCUCCAUCGGUUUCGCCCGCCGCGUCACUCUCACAAGAGCAACAUGACUGGGUUUUGGCUAACCAAGCAAUGGAACUGGCAAAAUAUACUAAGUCUAACGGGGCUUCAACAACGACGAACUCACGAGCAGGUGUGCCACGGAACAAUAGCAUUGACAUUGAAAAAGCCCCGCCAUUGCCAGCAAGUAUUUUUCGAUCCAAGUCUGGACUCAACAACACCUCCGACCACUUUGUUGACCACAAAGUAGAAUUGCACGAUUAUAUCGGGGCCUAUCAUGUCAAAGCGCCCGUGGAGGAGGGGCCUCAUCCCAGUGAUCAUCUAUCCCAUAGUGCAGGAUACUCGAGGCCCCCGGCCGUCAUUGACCCACAACCAUCGGCAACGUCCGAUCAAUCUACCAUCACGCCACAAACGAACUUCAGCGAUGAAGCUACCGGUACCAGGCAUCAUCCGAGCGCUUCCUGUGCACAAGAACCCAGCCCAUUGGCGAUACCCGAGAAUUUCCCCAUUGCUUUGCAAAUACACAUGUUACCAUCACCGUCGGAAUCAGACCGUCAGCACGAUGAGAACGACAAUAAUAAUAACAACGACAGCACGAUCCCUACAACGCAACAGGAGGCCAACCCGACCGAACAAAAGUCCACCUCCAACUACGUGUUUGGCGGAUUCUUCAUUGCGGCUGUGAUGUGUGUUGUAUCCUUCCUGUUGCUGGAAAAGAUAUUCAAUCUUGUUGGCUUAUUCUCAGAUGAUGACCAGAUAUCGAAUUCUCCAAGCUUUGCGCCCUCUACACCGCCGCCAACCAUCUUGGCUACAACACUCUCGCCCACUAGUGCACCCACGCCCAAUGCGCAAGAAUUUCUGCCGAACUUGCCGCAGUUCACUGUAGACGCUAUCUACAACUCGCCUGGCAGUCCCCAACAACGAGCCUAUGAUUGGAUUCUGAAAGAUAGGAAGCUUAACACAGACAUGCCCGAAUGGAAAGUCCUGCAGAGAUAUGCACUGGCGACUCUCUACUAUGCCACCAACAUUGCGACGAGUGACACAGAGGACGAAGUGGCUUGGUACGACAAUGUGAAUUGGUUGAGUCAUUCGGCCGAUGAAUGUCUUGAUUGGGUUCAUGCGGACAUGGCACCGUUUCCCAUUCAGCGGUGCACUACGGACGGUCACUACGAAUCGAUCGAUCUGGCGAACCAUGGCCUAGCUGGAUACUUGCCGCCCGAAAUUUCGUUCUUGACCCACCUCAAGAACAUCAACGUUGGUGGGAAUAAUCUGAGACAGACAAGCCAAGCGUUACCGACCGAAUUGGGACUCCUGACCAACCUGAUCGUUUUCAAGCACGGCAGCAACCGAGCCCAGGGGUCCAUCCCAACCGAACUGGGGAGAUUGACCGACCUUACGGUUUUUGAUGUGGGCGGCGAUAACAGUCUCACGGGAAAUUUGCCCUCUGAGUUCGGACACAUGAGUUACCUGAAGGAACUGUGGGUCAAUAAUAAUGAGAUGAGUGGGUCUCUACCUUCGGAAGUUGGGAAUCUUUUGAAGUUUGACUUGAAAGAGUUACGGCUCGAAGAUAACGGCUUCAUCGGGUCUUUACCAGACGAACUCGGCGAGGCUCUGGUAGAGCGCAAGCAAAACGAUCCCGAUGUCUAUAAAGAUGACCUGCGUAUUUGGUUGGAACGGAACGAAUUCACGGGUACUGUACCGCAAGACUUUUGUUCGAAGCGAUUCGCGUUUAAAAUGGGCUGUGGCACGCAAGAGCUUUGUGGUUGCGACGAUUUUUGUCCAUGUGACCCAUGA